UUUUCAACGUUUUAUUUUCAUUAAAUUCAAUUUCGCGCGCCUUAUCGAUGUAUUUGUCAAAUCGCACCAUUUAUAUGGUACUGCAUUCAAUUCUAGCCAAUAGGAACGCGCGGUUCGCCGCCGCGCAUGCGCAAUGCUGCCGGCGCAACAAAACGCCAUAGCGGCGGCAAAGGGAGUUUUUGCUUCGUUACCGGCUCUUAGCGCGAGCGCAUUAAAAAAUAUGUAAUAAUUGUGUUAUCAUAUAAGUGCAUCGCCAGUGCUCCUAUAUUUAAACUGGACUAUUUCUAUCGUUACCGAGUAUUGAAUUACCGUGUGUCAGGCCGGCCGGCAGGUGUUUAAGGACUAUAAUUCCAGUGAACCAUAUUCGUGAGGGAUCUUGGGGUACAGCCGCUGUCUACGUGGUAAGUACGCGCAAUAUUCCUUAUUGGCAUUAUUGCCUGCAGUAUCGUUAUUUACCGGCGAAUACCGAAAGGUAUUUGAUCCAGAUGAGCGAUUGACAAAUUCAUAAUUCAUCGCGUCAAUUUGCAACAUUCUUUUUGGUGCCGAAACCCGGGAACCUUAAAUACCUACCUUCAGUCUGCCUGCCAAAUACCAAUUUUAUUUAGUAAUCGUUACUUCAUUUACCGUAUUUCUCGCUGACUAUACAUACUAGUAUACAGCAUAACCAAAUAGUUUCAAUUACUAGGUAAAAAACAAACCUUGUUCCAUUUUGUUGAGUGUAGUACCUACAUACCUACCUAACAACCGUACCGAGUUCAUGUUUAAAUAUGGCGUCCAUCGUAUUCUAGAACAUUUGUUCAGACGAAUAUCGUAUAUACCUAGUCGUUUUAUACUGAUUAACACAAAAUUAUUUACCGUUUUACCGUUUGCAAUAAGCAAUACUAUUGCAAAAUUACCGCACCAUAAUUUGUGUUGAUAUUUGUUAUAACUCGACUACAUCGUUCUAACCGCUUCCCAAUACGCAGUCCUUAUUGGGAUUUACAAAUUUUAUUUCGUUUUAUAUUCGAAAUAAUUUUAUAUCGUAACAUUGUAGUAUCGUAUGUUCAAUGACUUUCUGUGUUCUCAACUAUUAUUCAUUUCAAUAACGAAACGUUGCCGACGAGUCAUCAUUUUGUUGUGUCGUGUUAUUGCCUACCGCCCCAACGCCACCGAUAGUCCCUGAAGAAGUUAGCUACUAACAUUUUAUUCAAAUCGAAUAUUUUACUAUUAACUUUUUAUUGUUGAUAAAUAGUUUAUUAUAGUUUUACAUCGCAACAAUGUCUUAUUUAACUAGACGCAAAUCGAAACAGAAUGUUAAAAAAUGUGUCGAAAAUGUUUACACUAUUCAUAAUUUACCAAGCUUGCGACGUAAACGAACUAUAUCCUACAAUCGUAUAACUAAGGCUUUGGAAAUAGGUAACUUAGCCAAUACCGACGAAUCACAAAUCGAAUUGUUUCUUUCCUAUUGUCAUGAGAUAAAAAAUAUAGCCGAUAAUUUUCAUGAAUCUCAUUUUGCUAUUUUAGACCUUCUUCAGGAUGAUACGGAUGAGAUUUCGGACGAUAUUCAGGAUCGCUUCGAUGAAUUGUAUUUUCAAGUUUUAUCCAUUCAACGAAAAUUCGAACAAUAUUCAUUACAACGAAUCGAUACUUCGAAAUGUAAUUCAUUGACCGGCUCGCACAGUGGAAAUAUACGUUUACCAAAAAUUUCUUUGCCAACUUUUAACGGUGCGGUUAAGAAGUGGCCUGAGUUUAUUGCUACUUAUAAUGCGUUGAUUCAUGAAUCCACCUUGUUAAGCGAUAUCGAGAAAUAUCAUUAUCUCGUGUCAGUUUUGCGUGAUGAUGCCCUAUCGUUAAUUAAAACGUUUCCUGUCGCAAGUGAACAUUAUUUAAGUGCUUACAAAGCUUUAAAGUCCCGUUACGAGGAUAAACGCGAACUAGCAUUUACAUGCUGGCGCGAUAUUUUGAAUAUUAAUUUUAAAACUUCGAACGCUCAAGAUUUUCGACGCGCCUUAGACACGAUCGACGAGAACUUGACUAUUUUAAAAACGUUAAAUUUACCUACCGAUAAAUGGGAUUUUGUUCUUUGCUAUAAUGUUCUUGCCAAACUCGAUAAUAAAUUAAGACGCGAGUUUGAGGAAAAACAUACAGAUAUCGAGCUUCCACAAUACAGUCUUUUAAGGGCGUUCUUACACUCGAAGGGCGAAGCCGCAAUUCGCGACACUCAUUUUGCGGCCGUAACCAAUAAAACCGCUAAUGUUUCAAAGGAGACACCGGGAACUUCACAGAAGUCACAGCGACAUAACGCUACUCAUUCUCUCGUCGCUCCCGCCGUCACUACAAAUAAUAAAGGUGCCGGUGACAAAGCAAAUCAAGCUAAAUCUGCUAAUUACUCAGGCACGUCACGGUUGAUUCGUAAAUGUGCCUACUGUCGUAACGAACAUCAUAUCUCGGCUUGCAAGGAUUAUCUGGCUAAAACCGUUGAUGAACGCAUGGCUGUUGCUAGCGAAAAGAAAUGGUGUUAUAAUUGUCUUAACGCUUCUCAUUCAGUGCGAGACUGCACAUCGAUAUUUUCAUGUCGUCAUUGCAAACGCAAACAUCACACAUUACUUCAUCGGGAGCAAGCGGCAAGUAAUUCCAGCUCCACUAACAAACCGCCUAGCUCAACGGCCUUAGUAGCUAAGGAUUCAUUGGCGCAGUCUGACUCAACUUUAAAUUCAACCGUUUUACUAGCCACUGCUCUUGUUCAGAUUUGUGAUGCUUCUGGUGAGUUUCAUUCAUUUCGUGCAAUAUUUGACACAGGUAGUCAAAAUAAUUUCCUUACAGCUCGUGCUGCUCAACGGUUAGGGUUGGAAACUAAAAGUGGCAACAUCAACGUUUAUGGGUUAGGAGGCUCACCUGCUUCAAUCAGUGGCGUGGUGGAGUGCGAUAUUGGUACCAACCAUGACAUAAAAUUUCGUCUCGAAAUGUUCGUUAUAUCGAGCAUUUGCGGAGAUCAACCGAUAGCAAGGCUAAAUGCGACGGGAUGGGAUGGUGUCAAGACAUUACCGUUAGCAGAUCCUGGUUUUGACAUUCCUGGUCCGAUCGACGUCUUAUUAGGUGCCGACGUCUUUGCCGAGUCGCUCCUUGAGCAACGACUGAAAGGCGGUGCCUCUCAACCGCGUGCUUUCAACUCAGUUUUCGGCUGGCUUCUACUUGGGAAGUCCAGACUUGCAUCGUCUAGUCUACUUGGAGUAGCACCUCCUAUUGUAGACAAUAGUUUAAAUACAAUCGUUCAACGUUUCUGGGAAAUCGAUAACGUUCCACAUUCUUCCCGAUUAACCCCAGAAGAUCAACUCUGUGAAAACAGUUUUCUUAACAAUCACUACCGUGACGAGACAGGAAGGUAUGUCGUGUGCCUCCCCUUCAGGGACAAUGACGAGCCCGUCUUUGAAGGCUCUCGAGUAAUAGCCUUACGACGCUUUCAUGCCAUUGAAAGGCGUCUCUCUCGUGAUCAUAACUUGAAACAACAAUAUGUUGAAUUCAUGACCGACUAUAUCGAAAGGGGCCAUAUGACUCUAGUGCCUACCAAGCAAAUGGGUCUAGGUAAAUACUAUAUACCGCAUCAUUGUGUGCUGCGUCCUGACAGCGCUACAACAAAGCUUCGUGUCGUAUUCGACGCCUCGGCUAAGGAUUCUAAUUCCAAAUCGUUAAACGACAUGUUGCUGACCGGAUCAAAACUGCAAUCGAAUAUCGUGGAGAUUCUUCUUCAUUUUCGUGAACACGAAGUUGUCUUCAUGGCAGAUGUGCGCCAAAUGUACCGUCAAAUCAACAUAGCGCCUCAUCAUCGUGAUUACCAACGUAUUCUCUGGCGAGCUCACGCAGAUGAGCCUCUUCAAGAGUAUAUGUUAAAUACCGUAACGUAUGGAGUAUCUUCCGCUCCAUUUCUCGCGUGCCGUUCCAUUCGGCAACUGGCCAACGAUGAAGGUCACAAGUAUCCAAAAGCAAAAAACAUUUUAACUUCCGAUAUAUAUAUUGAUGACGUCAUAUCCGGAAGUUCAACGCUAACGGAGGCCCGUGAAACCAAAAGGCAACUUAUCGCCCUUUUUGGUCUUGGUUCGUUUGAACUCCGAAAAUGGAUAAGUAAUCGACCUGAGCUUCUUAGCGAUUUGCCCGCAGAAGCGUGUCUUUCAGAAGCUUUCACUUUUACCGAAACUGAAGAUACCACGGUCAAGGUUCUGGGCCUUAAGUGGGAGCCUGCUUCAGAUUCAUUCGUUUUUAACGUGAAUUCAUCAUUUCUACCGUGUACCAAGCGAACGAUUCUUAGUAAGGUCGCCAGAAUUUUUGAUCCUCUCGGGUUCUUGUCCCCUUUGACAAUUAAGGUCAAAUGUUUACUUCAAAGGCUCUGGGUUCUUGGCCUUUCGUGGGAUGAAACGCCCUCACCGGAAAUCAUAGCCCAAUGGGAUGACUUCUCUUACCAACUUCCACAAGUUAGGGCUCUUAAGGUUCCACGUAAGUACGCUAUCGACGGCGCUCAAUCUUAUGAAAUACACGGAUUUUGUGACAGUUCAGAAGUAGCAUAUGGCGCUGUCAUAUAUCUGCGUGUUAUCGAGUCUGACGGCUCCAUUCGCGUUUUUCUCAUUUGUGCAAAGGCUCGUGUAGCUCCUCUAAAACGCCAAUCGAUACCUCGCUUGGAGCUUUGCGGCGCGAUGCUGCUCGCAGACCUUGUCAAAUUUGUCAAGGACUCGCUACGAAUUCCUAUCCACGACAUUUAUUUGUGGUGUGAUUCAACCGUUACCUUGGCCUGGUUGCGUGCUCCUUCUUCUCGCUGGGUAACAUUUGUCGCAAAUCGAGUAAGCUACAUUCAAGAUAUUGUUCCGACCGAGAAGUGGAGGCACGUACCUUCAGCCACAAAUCCCGCAGAUGUUUGUUCGCGUGGACAAUCGCCUCAGGAGUUGCUCCAUAACGCUCUAUGGUGGGCGGGGCCAGCGUGGUUGUCUCAACCACAAUCUGAGUGGCCCAUCGAUAAUUCAAAAAAUCAUUUAAAUGACAAUAUGGUUCUUGCUGAGCAACGUCAUCCCACGGUUCUCUUUUCAGAUCAAAUUAACAAUCAAACAUCUCUUAUCGAUCUAUUAUUUGAAAAACAUUCUUCUUUAGACAAAAUUUGUCGCAUCAUCGCCUACAUUCGUAGAUUUUAUAAUAGCAUGCGUAAUAUUGUUCCGCGAGCAGAUAGCCUUUUUAUAACAGACAUUGAGCGUCAUCAAGCUUUAUUAAUUAUCGUUAAACAGUUUCAGAACCGCUAUUUUUCAGACGUCAUAUCAAUUUUACAAUCACGAAAUCAGCUGCCUCGCAUCUUUCGUAAACUAAGCCCCUUCUUGGACGAGCAGGGUAUACUCAGGGUGGGCGGACGCCUCGCGCGCUCCGGUCUUGAGUUCGAACAUAAGCAUCCUGCAUUGUUGCCCAAGAAAAGUGCGCUUACAUCAGCUGUAAUCGAAUCGAUUCAUCGAAAUAAUUUUCAUCCAGGUCUGAAUACUACUUAUUAUCUGAUAUUACAACAAUUUUGGAUACUUGCAGCGAAACAUACUAUACGACAUCAUCUCUCAAAAUGUUUGAGAUGUUACCGUCUGAAUCCCAAACCUCUGCAACCAUUUAUGAGCGAUCUUCCGGCUUUUCGGGUCAACCAAGCCAAACCUUUCUCAGUGGUCGGUGUAGAUCUGGGAGGGCCUUUUCGAAUCAAGCUUGGACCUCAUCGUGGUGCAAAAAUCGAUAAGGCAUACUUAUGCUUAUUCGUAUGCUUGAGCACAAAAGCGGUGCAUCUUGAGGUAGUUUCCACCCUAUCGACCGACAGCUUCAUCGCGGCAUUACGUCGCUUCAUUUCUCGUCGCGGUCGCUGCAAUGUUAUUCAUUCUGAUUGUGGAACCAACUUUGUUGGUGCAAGUUCACAACUAGCAUCAUGUAUCGAACAAGCUUCGCAUGCGGAAAAAAUUGCCUUUAAACGUAACGUUCCUUCAGCUCCUCACUUCGGAGGUGUGUGGGAGAUCCAAAUUAAGGUAGCAAAAACACACUUGUAUCGUAUUGUUGGCGAUCAAGUCCUAACAUUUGAAGAGCUUACCACCCUCUUCACUCAGAUCGAAUCCAUUUUAAAUUCGAGACCUUUAUGUCCAUUGAGCUCGGAUCCAAACGACUUUAAUGUUUUAACGCCUGGUCAUUUUUUAACGCUGGAACCUCUUACAGCUGUACCAGAUUACGACUAUACCAAUAUCAAAAUCCAGCGACUCAAUCGAUGGCAACUUAUUCAAUCUUUUCAACAACAAUUUUGGAAGCGUUGGAAAAGUGAAUAUUUACAUUCAUUAACUCAACGAGCAAAAUGGAACAAAGACUCAACACCGUUAACCGUUAAUUCAAUGGUACUUAUUAAGGAGGAUAACCGACCUCCUCUUCAAUGGGCACUAGGACGAGUUGUUUCGUUGCAUCCUGGCCCUGAUGGAGUAGUUAGGGUGGCAACCGUUAAAACAGCUAAAGAUUCCUCAUUGAAGAGGCCUUUAGUAAAACUAUGUCCUUUGCCGUCCAUGUAAUCAACUCAACUUUCUUAGCUUAAGUUUAUCGUAGUUUUAGUUUAUGUAUCCAUAAUUAUCGUCAUUUUGUUUUAUGUUAGGAAAAUCCUAUUGGUAUUUUGGUGGGCGGAAUGUUCCGUUUUCAACGUUUUAUUUUCAUUAAAUUCAAUUUCGCGCGCCUUAUCGAUGUAUUUGUCAAAUCGCACCAUUUAUAUGGUACUGCAUUCAAUUCUAGCCAAUAGGAACGCGCGGUUCGCCGCCGCGCAUGCGCAAUGCUGCCGGCGCAACAAAACGCCAUAGCGGCGGCAAAGGGAGUUUUUGCUUCGUUACCGGCUCUUAGCGCGAGCGCAUUAAAAAAUAUGUAAUAAUUGUGUUAUCAUAUAAGUGCAUCGCCAGUGCUCCUAUAUUUAAACUGGACUAUUUCUAUCGUUACCGAGUAUUGAAUUACCGUGUGUCAGGCCGGCCGGCAGGUGUUUAAGGACUAUAAUUCCAGUGAACCAUAUUCGUGAGGGAUCUUGGGGUACAGCCGCUGUCUACGUGGUAAGUACGCGCAAUAUUCCUUAUUGGCAUUAUUGCCUGCAGUAUCGUUAUUUACCGGCGAAUACCGAAAGGUAUUUGAUCCAGAUGAGCGAUUGACAAAUUCAUAAUUCAUCGCGUCAAUUUGCAACAUUCUUUUUGGUGCCGAAACCCGGGAACCUUAAAUACCUACCUUCAGUCUGCCUGCCAAAUACCAAUUUUAUUUAGUAAUCGUUACUUCAUUUACCGUAUUUCUCGCUGACUAUACAUACUAGUAUACAGCAUAACCAAAUAGUUUCAAUUACUAGGUAAAAAACAAACCUUGUUCCAUUUUGUUGAGUGUAGUACCUACAUACCUACCUAACAACCGUACCGAGUUCAUGUUUAAAUAUGGCGUCCAUCGUAUUCUAGAACAUUUGUUCAGACGAAUAUCGUAUAUACCUAGUCGUUUUAUACUGAUUAACACAAAAUUAUUUACCGUUUUACCGUUUGCAAUAAGCAAUACUAUUGCAAAAUUACCGCACCAUAAUUUGUGUUGAUAUUUGUUAUAACUCGACUACAUCGUUCUAACCGCUUCCCAAUACGCAGUCCUUAUUGGGAUUUACAAAUUUUAUUUCGUUUUAUAUUCGAAAUAAUUUUAUAUCGUAACAUUGUAGUAUCGUAUGUUCAAUGACUUUCUGUGUUCUCAACUAUUAUUCAUUUCAAUAACGAAACGUUGCCGACGAGUCAUCAUUUUGUUGUGUCGUGUUAUUGCCUACCGCCCCAACGCCACCGAUAGUCCCUGAAGAAGUUAGCUACUAACAUUUUAUUCAAAUCGAAUAUUUUACUAUUAACUUUUUAUUGUUGAUAAAUAGUUUAUUAUAGUUUUACAUCGCAACAAUGUCUUAUUUAACUAGACGCAAAUCGAAACAGAAUGUUAAAAAAUGUGUCGAAAAUGUUUACACUAUUCAUAAUUUACCAAGCUUGCGACGUAAACGAACUAUAUCCUACAAUCGUAUAACUAAGGCUUUGGAAAUAGGUAACUUAGCCAAUACCGACGAAUCACAAAUCGAAUUGUUUCUUUCCUAUUGUCAUGAGAUAAAAAAUAUAGCCGAUAAUUUUCAUGAAUCUCAUUUUGCUAUUUUAGACCUUCUUCAGGAUGAUACGGAUGAGAUUUCGGACGAUAUUCAGGAUCGCUUCGAUGAAUUGUAUUUUCAAGUUUUAUCCAUUCAACGAAAAUUCGAACAAUAUUCAUUACAACGAAUCGAUACUUCGAAAUGUAAUUCAUUGACCGGCUCGCACAGUGGAAAUAUACGUUUACCAAAAAUUUCUUUGCCAACUUUUAACGGUGCGGUUAAGAAGUGGCCUGAGUUUAUUGCUACUUAUAAUGCGUUGAUUCAUGAAUCCACCUUGUUAAGCGAUAUCGAGAAAUAUCAUUAUCUCGUGUCAGUUUUGCGUGAUGAUGCCCUAUCGUUAAUUAAAACGUUUCCUGUCGCAAGUGAACAUUAUUUAAGUGCUUACAAAGCUUUAAAGUCCCGUUACGAGGAUAAACGCGAACUAGCAUUUACAUGCUGGCGCGAUAUUUUGAAUAUUAAUUUUAAAACUUCGAACGCUCAAGAUUUUCGACGCGCCUUAGACACGAUCGACGAGAACUUGACUAUUUUAAAAACGUUAAAUUUACCUACCGAUAAAUGGGAUUUUGUUCUUUGCUAUAAUGUUCUUGCCAAACUCGAUAAUAAAUUAAGACGCGAGUUUGAGGAAAAACAUACAGAUAUCGAGCUUCCACAAUACAGUCUUUUAAGGGCGUUCUUACACUCGAAGGGCGAAGCCGCAAUUCGCGACACUCAUUUUGCGGCCGUAACCAAUAAAACCGCUAAUGUUUCAAAGGAGACACCGGGAACUUCACAGAAGUCACAGCGACAUAACGCUACUCAUUCUCUCGUCGCUCCCGCCGUCACUACAAAUAAUAAAGGUGCCGGUGACAAAGCAAAUCAAGCUAAAUCUGCUAAUUACUCAGGCACGUCACGGUUGAUUCGUAAAUGUGCCUACUGUCGUAACGAACAUCAUAUCUCGGCUUGCAAGGAUUAUCUGGCUAAAACCGUUGAUGAACGCAUGGCUGUUGCUAGCGAAAAGAAAUGGUGUUAUAAUUGUCUUAACGCUUCUCAUUCAGUGCGAGACUGCACAUCGAUAUUUUCAUGUCGUCAUUGCAAACGCAAACAUCACACAUUACUUCAUCGGGAGCAAGCGGCAAGUAAUUCCAGCUCCACUAACAAACCGCCUAGCUCAACGGCCUUAGUAGCUAAGGAUUCAUUGGCGCAGUCUGACUCAACUUUAAAUUCAACCGUUUUACUAGCCACUGCUCUUGUUCAGAUUUGUGAUGCUUCUGGUGAGUUUCAUUCAUUUCGUGCAAUAUUUGACACAGGUAGUCAAAAUAAUUUCCUUACAGCUCGUGCUGCUCAACGGUUAGGGUUGGAAACUAAAAGUGGCAACAUCAACGUUUAUGGGUUAGGAGGCUCACCUGCUUCAAUCAGUGGCGUGGUGGAGUGCGAUAUUGGUACCAACCAUGACAUAAAAUUUCGUCUCGAAAUGUUCGUUAUAUCGAGCAUUUGCGGAGAUCAACCGAUAGCAAGGCUAAAUGCGACGGGAUGGGAUGGUGUCAAGACAUUACCGUUAGCAGAUCCUGGUUUUGACAUUCCUGGUCCGAUCGACGUCUUAUUAGGUGCCGACGUCUUUGCCGAGUCGCUCCUUGAGCAACGACUGAAAGGCGGUGCCUCUCAACCGCGUGCUUUCAACUCAGUUUUCGGCUGGCUUCUACUUGGGAAGUCCAGACUUGCAUCGUCUAGUCUACUUGGAGUAGCACCUCCUAUUGUAGACAAUAGUUUAAAUACAAUCGUUCAACGUUUCUGGGAAAUCGAUAACGUUCCACAUUCUUCCCGAUUAACCCCAGAAGAUCAACUCUGUGAAAACAGUUUUCUUAACAAUCACUACCGUGACGAGACAGGAAGGUAUGUCGUGUGCCUCCCCUUCAGGGACAAUGACGAGCCCGUCUUUGAAGGCUCUCGAGUAAUAGCCUUACGACGCUUUCAUGCCAUUGAAAGGCGUCUCUCUCGUGAUCAUAACUUGAAACAACAAUAUGUUGAAUUCAUGACCGACUAUAUCGAAAGGGGCCAUAUGACUCUAGUGCCUACCAAGCAAAUGGGUCUAGGUAAAUACUAUAUACCGCAUCAUUGUGUGCUGCGUCCUGACAGCGCUACAACAAAGCUUCGUGUCGUAUUCGACGCCUCGGCUAAGGAUUCUAAUUCCAAAUCGUUAAACGACAUGUUGCUGACCGGAUCAAAACUGCAAUCGAAUAUCGUGGAGAUUCUUCUUCAUUUUCGUGAACACGAAGUUGUCUUCAUGGCAGAUGUGCGCCAAAUGUACCGUCAAAUCAACAUAGCGCCUCAUCAUCGUGAUUACCAACGUAUUCUCUGGCGAGCUCACGCAGAUGAGCCUCUUCAAGAGUAUAUGUUAAAUACCGUAACGUAUGGAGUAUCUUCCGCUCCAUUUCUCGCGUGCCGUUCCAUUCGGCAACUGGCCAACGAUGAAGGUCACAAGUAUCCAAAAGCAAAAAACAUUUUAACUUCCGAUAUAUAUAUUGAUGACGUCAUAUCCGGAAGUUCAACGCUAACGGAGGCCCGUGAAACCAAAAGGCAACUUAUCGCCCUUUUUGGUCUUGGUUCGUUUGAACUCCGAAAAUGGAUAAGUAAUCGACCUGAGCUUCUUAGCGAUUUGCCCGCAGAAGCGUGUCUUUCAGAAGCUUUCACUUUUACCGAAACUGAAGAUACCACGGUCAAGGUUCUGGGCCUUAAGUGGGAGCCUGCUUCAGAUUCAUUCGUUUUUAACGUGAAUUCAUCAUUUCUACCGUGUACCAAGCGAACGAUUCUUAGUAAGGUCGCCAGAAUUUUUGAUCCUCUCGGGUUCUUGUCCCCUUUGACAAUUAAGGUCAAAUGUUUACUUCAAAGGCUCUGGGUUCUUGGCCUUUCGUGGGAUGAAACGCCCUCACCGGAAAUCAUAGCCCAAUGGGAUGACUUCUCUUACCAACUUCCACAAGUUAGGGCUCUUAAGGUUCCACGUAAGUACGCUAUCGACGGCGCUCAAUCUUAUGAAAUACACGGAUUUUGUGACAGUUCAGAAGUAGCAUAUGGCGCUGUCAUAUAUCUGCGUGUUAUCGAGUCUGACGGCUCCAUUCGCGUUUUUCUCAUUUGUGCAAAGGCUCGUGUAGCUCCUCUAAAACGCCAAUCGAUACCUCGCUUGGAGCUUUGCGGCGCGAUGCUGCUCGCAGACCUUGUCAAAUUUGUCAAGGACUCGCUACGAAUUCCUAUCCACGACAUUUAUUUGUGGUGUGAUUCAACCGUUACCUUGGCCUGGUUGCGUGCUCCUUCUUCUCGCUGGGUAACAUUUGUCGCAAAUCGAGUAAGCUACAUUCAAGAUAUUGUUCCGACCGAGAAGUGGAGGCACGUACCUUCAGCCACAAAUCCCGCAGAUGUUUGUUCGCGUGGACAAUCGCCUCAGGAGUUGCUCCAUAACGCUCUAUGGUGGGCGGGGCCAGCGUGGUUGUCUCAACCACAAUCUGAGUGGCCCAUCGAUAAUUCAAAAAAUCAUUUAAAUGACAAUAUGGUUCUUGCUGAGCAACGUCAUCCCACGGUUCUCUUUUCAGAUCAAAUUAACAAUCAAACAUCUCUUAUCGAUCUAUUAUUUGAAAAACAUUCUUCUUUAGACAAAAUUUGUCGCAUCAUCGCCUACAUUCGUAGAUUUUAUAAUAGCAUGCGUAAUAUUGUUCCGCGAGCAGAUAGCCUUUUUAUAACAGACAUUGAGCGUCAUCAAGCUUUAUUAAUUAUCGUUAAACAGUUUCAGAACCGCUAUUUUUCAGACGUCAUAUCAAUUUUACAAUCACGAAAUCAGCUGCCUCGCAUCUUUCGUAAACUAAGCCCCUUCUUGGACGAGCAGGGUAUACUCAGGGUGGGCGGACGCCUCGCGCGCUCCGGUCUUGAGUUCGAACAUAAGCAUCCUGCAUUGUUGCCCAAGAAAAGUGCGCUUACAUCAGCUGUAAUCGAAUCGAUUCAUCGAAAUAAUUUUCAUCCAGGUCUGAAUACUACUUAUUAUCUGAUAUUACAACAAUUUUGGAUACUUGCAGCGAAACAUACUAUACGACAUCAUCUCUCAAAAUGUUUGAGAUGUUACCGUCUGAAUCCCAAACCUCUGCAACCAUUUAUGAGCGAUCUUCCGGCUUUUCGGGUCAACCAAGCCAAACCUUUCUCAGUGGUCGGUGUAGAUCUGGGAGGGCCUUUUCGAAUCAAGCUUGGACCUCAUCGUGGUGCAAAAAUCGAUAAGGCAUACUUAUGCUUAUUCGUAUGCUUGAGCACAAAAGCGGUGCAUCUUGAGGUAGUUUCCACCCUAUCGACCGACAGCUUCAUCGCGGCAUUACGUCGCUUCAUUUCUCGUCGCGGUCGCUGCAAUGUUAUUCAUUCUGAUUGUGGAACCAACUUUGUUGGUGCAAGUUCACAACUAGCAUCAUGUAUCGAACAAGCUUCGCAUGCGGAAAAAAUUGCCUUUAAACGUAACGUUCCUUCAGCUCCUCACUUCGGAGGUGUGUGGGAGAUCCAAAUUAAGGUAGCAAAAACACACUUGUAUCGUAUUGUUGGCGAUCAAGUCCUAACAUUUGAAGAGCUUACCACCCUCUUCACUCAGAUCGAAUCCAUUUUAAAUUCGAGACCUUUAUGUCCAUUGAGCUCGGAUCCAAACGACUUUAAUGUUUUAACGCCUGGUCAUUUUUUAACGCUGGAACCUCUUACAGCUGUACCAGAUUACGACUAUACCAAUAUCAAAAUCCAGCGACUCAAUCGAUGGCAACUUAUUCAAUCUUUUCAACAACAAUUUUGGAAGCGUUGGAAAAGUGAAUAUUUACAUUCAUUAACUCAACGAGCAAAAUGGAACAAAGACUCAACACCGUUAACCGUUAAUUCAAUGGUACUUAUUAAGGAGGAUAACCGACCUCCUCUUCAAUGGGCACUAGGACGAGUUGUUUCGUUGCAUCCUGGCCCUGAUGGAGUAGUUAGGGUGGCAACCGUUAAAACAGCUAAAGAUUCCUCAUUGAAGAGGCCUUUAGUAAAACUAUGUCCUUUGCCGUCCAUGUAAUCAACUCAACUUUCUUAGCUUAAGUUUAUCGUAGUUUUAGUUUAUGUAUCCAUAAUUAUCGUCAUUUUGUUUUAUGUUAGGAAAAUCCUAUUGGUAUUUUGGUGGGCGGAAUGUUCCGUUUUCAACGUUUUAUUUUCAUUAAAUUCAAUUUCGCGCGCCUUAUCGAUGUAUUUGUCAAAUCGCACCAUUUAUAUGGUACUGCAUUCAAUUCUAGCCAAUAGGAACGCGCGGUUCGCCGCCGCGCAUGCGCAAUGCUGCCGGCGCAACAAAACGCCAUAGCGGCGGCAAAGGGAGUUUUUGCUUCGUUACCGGCUCUUAGCGCGAGCGCAUUAAAAAAUAUGUAAUAAUUGUGUUAUCAUAUAAGUGCAUCGCCAGUGCUCCUAUAUUUAAACUGGACUAUUUCUAUCGUUACCGAGUAUUGAAUUACCGUGUGUCAGGCCGGCCGGCAGGUGUUUAAGGACUAUAAUUCCAGUGAACCAUAUUCGUGAGGGAUCUUGGGGUACAGCCGCUGUCUACGUGGUAAGUACGCGCAAUAUUCCUUAUUGGCAUUAUUGCCUGCAGUAUCGUUAUUUACCGGCGAAUACCGAAAGGUAUUUGAUCCAGAUGAGCGAUUGACAAAUUCAUAAUUCAUCGCGUCAAUUUGCAACAUUCUUUUUGGUGCCGAAACCCGGGAACCUUAAAUACCUACCUUCAGUCUGCCUGCCAAAUACCAAUUUUAUUUAGUAAUCGUUACUUCAUUUACCGUAUUUCUCGCUGACUAUACAUACUAGUAUACAGCAUAACCAAAUAGUUUCAAUUACUAGGUAAAAAACAAACCUUGUUCCAUUUUGUUGAGUGUAGUACCUACAUACCUACCUAACAACCGUACCGAGUUCAUGUUUAAAUAUGGCGUCCAUCGUAUUCUAGAACAUUUGUUCAGACGAAUAUCGUAUAUACCUAGUCGUUUUAUACUGAUUAACACAAAAUUAUUUACCGUUUUACCGUUUGCAAUAAGCAAUACUAUUGCAAAAUUACCGCACCAUAAUUUGUGUUGAUAUUUGUUAUAACUCGACUACAUCGUUCUAACCGCUUCCCAAUACGCAGUCCUUAUUGGGAUUUACAAAUUUUAUUUCGUUUUAUAUUCGAAAUAAUUUUAUAUCGUAACAUUGUAGUAUCGUAUGUUCAAUGACUUUCUGUGUUCUCAACUAUUAUUCAUUUCAAUAACGAAACGUUGCCGACGAGUCAUCAUUUUGUUGUGUCGUGUUAUUGCCUACCGCCCCAACGCCACCGAUAGUCCCUGAAGAAGUUAGCUACUAACAUUUUAUUCAAAUCGAAUAUUUUACUAUUAACUUUUUAUUGUUGAUAAAUAGUUUAUUAUAGUUUUACAUCGCAACAAUGUCUUAUUUAACUAGACGCAAAUCGAAACAGAAUGUUAAAAAAUGUGUCGAAAAUGUUUACACUAUUCAUAAUUUACCAAGCUUGCGACGUAAACGAACUAUAUCCUACAAUCGUAUAACUAAGGCUUUGGAAAUAGGUAACUUAGCCAAUACCGACGAAUCACAAAUCGAAUUGUUUCUUUCCUAUUGUCAUGAGAUAAAAAAUAUAGCCGAUAAUUUUCAUGAAUCUCAUUUUGCUAUUUUAGACCUUCUUCAGGAUGAUACGGAUGAGAUUUCGGACGAUAUUCAGGAUCGCUUCGAUGAAUUGUAUUUUCAAGUUUUAUCCAUUCAACGAAAAUUCGAACAAUAUUCAUUACAACGAAUCGAUACUUCGAAAUGUAAUUCAUUGACCGGCUCGCACAGUGGAAAUAUACGUUUACCAAAAAUUUCUUUGCCAACUUUUAACGGUGCGGUUAAGAAGUGGCCUGAGUUUAUUGCUACUUAUAAUGCGUUGAUUCAUGAAUCCACCUUGUUAAGCGAUAUCGAGAAAUAUCAUUAUCUCGUGUCAGUUUUGCGUGAUGAUGCCCUAUCGUUAAUUAAAACGUUUCCUGUCGCAAGUGAACAUUAUUUAAGUGCUUACAAAGCUUUAAAGUCCCGUUACGAGGAUAAACGCGAACUAGCAUUUACAUGCUGGCGCGAUAUUUUGAAUAUUAAUUUUAAAACUUCGAACGCUCAAGAUUUUCGACGCGCCUUAGACACGAUCGACGAGAACUUGACUAUUUUAAAAACGUUAAAUUUACCUACCGAUAAAUGGGAUUUUGUUCUUUGCUAUAAUGUUCUUGCCAAACUCGAUAAUAAAUUAAGACGCGAGUUUGAGGAAAAACAUACAGAUAUCGAGCUUCCACAAUACAGUCUUUUAAGGGCGUUCUUACACUCGAAGGGCGAAGCCGCAAUUCGCGACACUCAUUUUGCGGCCGUAACCAAUAAAACCGCUAAUGUUUCAAAGGAGACACCGGGAACUUCACAGAAGUCACAGCGACAUAACGCUACUCAUUCUCUCGUCGCUCCCGCCGUCACUACAAAUAAUAAAGGUGCCGGUGACAAAGCAAAUCAAGCUAAAUCUGCUAAUUACUCAGGCACGUCACGGUUGAUUCGUAAAUGUGCCUACUGUCGUAACGAACAUCAUAUCUCGGCUUGCAAGGAUUAUCUGGCUAAAACCGUUGAUGAACGCAUGGCUGUUGCUAGCGAAAAGAAAUGGUGUUAUAAUUGUCUUAACGCUUCUCAUUCAGUGCGAGACUGCACAUCGAUAUUUUCAUGUCGUCAUUGCAAACGCAAACAUCACACAUUACUUCAUCGGGAGCAAGCGGCAAGUAAUUCCAGCUCCACUAACAAACCGCCUAGCUCAACGGCCUUAGUAGCUAAGGAUUCAUUGGCGCAGUCUGACUCAACUUUAAAUUCAACCGUUUUACUAGCCACUGCUCUUGUUCAGAUUUGUGAUGCUUCUGGUGAGUUUCAUUCAUUUCGUGCAAUAUUUGACACAGGUAGUCAAAAUAAUUUCCUUACAGCUCGUGCUGCUCAACGGUUAGGGUUGGAAACUAAAAGUGGCAACAUCAACGUUUAUGGGUUAGGAGGCUCACCUGCUUCAAUCAGUGGCGUGGUGGAGUGCGAUAUUGGUACCAACCAUGACAUAAAAUUUCGUCUCGAAAUGUUCGUUAUAUCGAGCAUUUGCGGAGAUCAACCGAUAGCAAGGCUAAAUGCGACGGGAUGGGAUGGUGUCAAGACAUUACCGUUAGCAGAUCCUGGUUUUGACAUUCCUGGUCCGAUCGACGUCUUAUUAGGUGCCGACGUCUUUGCCGAGUCGCUCCUUGAGCAACGACUGAAAGGCGGUGCCUCUCAACCGCGUGCUUUCAACUCAGUUUUCGGCUGGCUUCUACUUGGGAAGUCCAGACUUGCAUCGUCUAGUCUACUUGGAGUAGCACCUCCUAUUGUAGACAAUAGUUUAAAUACAAUCGUUCAACGUUUCUGGGAAAUCGAUAACGUUCCACAUUCUUCCCGAUUAACCCCAGAAGAUCAACUCUGUGAAAACAGUUUUCUUAACAAUCACUACCGUGACGAGACAGGAAGGUAUGUCGUGUGCCUCCCCUUCAGGGACAAUGACGAGCCCGUCUUUGAAGGCUCUCGAGUAAUAGCCUUACGACGCUUUCAUGCCAUUGAAAGGCGUCUCUCUCGUGAUCAUAACUUGAAACAACAAUAUGUUGAAUUCAUGACCGACUAUAUCGAAAGGGGCCAUAUGACUCUAGUGCCUACCAAGCAAAUGGGUCUAGGUAAAUACUAUAUACCGCAUCAUUGUGUGCUGCGUCCUGACAGCGCUACAACAAAGCUUCGUGUCGUAUUCGACGCCUCGGCUAAGGAUUCUAAUUCCAAAUCGUUAAACGACAUGUUGCUGACCGGAUCAAAACUGCAAUCGAAUAUCGUGGAGAUUCUUCUUCAUUUUCGUGAACACGAAGUUGUCUUCAUGGCAGAUGUGCGCCAAAUGUACCGUCAAAUCAACAUAGCGCCUCAUCAUCGUGAUUACCAACGUAUUCUCUGGCGAGCUCACGCAGAUGAGCCUCUUCAAGAGUAUAUGUUAAAUACCGUAACGUAUGGAGUAUCUUCCGCUCCAUUUCUCGCGUGCCGUUCCAUUCGGCAACUGGCCAACGAUGAAGGUCACAAGUAUCCAAAAGCAAAAAACAUUUUAACUUCCGAUAUAUAUAUUGAUGACGUCAUAUCCGGAAGUUCAACGCUAACGGAGGCCCGUGAAACCAAAAGGCAACUUAUCGCCCUUUUUGGUCUUGGUUCGUUUGAACUCCGAAAAUGGAUAAGUAAUCGACCUGAGCUUCUUAGCGAUUUGCCCGCAGAAGCGUGUCUUUCAGAAGCUUUCACUUUUACCGAAACUGAAGAUACCACGGUCAAGGUUCUGGGCCUUAAGUGGGAGCCUGCUUCAGAUUCAUUCGUUUUUAACGUGAAUUCAUCAUUUCUACCGUGUACCAAGCGAACGAUUCUUAGUAAGGUCGCCAGAAUUUUUGAUCCUCUCGGGUUCUUGUCCCCUUUGACAAUUAAGGUCAAAUGUUUACUUCAAAGGCUCUGGGUUCUUGGCCUUUCGUGGGAUGAAACGCCCUCACCGGAAAUCAUAGCCCAAUGGGAUGACUUCUCUUACCAACUUCCACAAGUUAGGGCUCUUAAGGUUCCACGUAAGUACGCUAUCGACGGCGCUCAAUCUUAUGAAAUACACGGAUUUUGUGACAGUUCAGAAGUAGCAUAUGGCGCUGUCAUAUAUCUGCGUGUUAUCGAGUCUGACGGCUCCAUUCGCGUUUUUCUCAUUUGUGCAAAGGCUCGUGUAGCUCCUCUAAAACGCCAAUCGAUACCUCGCUUGGAGCUUUGCGGCGCGAUGCUGCUCGCAGACCUUGUCAAAUUUGUCAAGGACUCGCUACGAAUUCCUAUCCACGACAUUUAUUUGUGGUGUGAUUCAACCGUUACCUUGGCCUGGUUGCGUGCUCCUUCUUCUCGCUGGGUAACAUUUGUCGCAAAUCGAGUAAGCUACAUUCAAGAUAUUGUUCCGACCGAGAAGUGGAGGCACGUACCUUCAGCCACAAAUCCCGCAGAUGUUUGUUCGCGUGGACAAUCGCCUCAGGAGUUGCUCCAUAACGCUCUAUGGUGGGCGGGGCCAGCGUGGUUGUCUCAACCACAAUCUGAGUGGCCCAUCGAUAAUUCAAAAAAUCAUUUAAAUGACAAUAUGGUUCUUGCUGAGCAACGUCAUCCCACGGUUCUCUUUUCAGAUCAAAUUAACAAUCAAACAUCUCUUAUCGAUCUAUUAUUUGAAAAACAUUCUUCUUUAGACAAAAUUUGUCGCAUCAUCGCCUACAUUCGUAGAUUUUAUAAUAGCAUGCGUAAUAUUGUUCCGCGAGCAGAUAGCCUUUUUAUAACAGACAUUGAGCGUCAUCAAGCUUUAUUAAUUAUCGUUAAACAGUUUCAGAACCGCUAUUUUUCAGACGUCAUAUCAAUUUUACAAUCACGAAAUCAGCUGCCUCGCAUCUUUCGUAAACUAAGCCCCUUCUUGGACGAGCAGGGUAUACUCAGGGUGGGCGGACGCCUCGCGCGCUCCGGUCUUGAGUUCGAACAUAAGCAUCCUGCAUUGUUGCCCAAGAAAAGUGCGCUUACAUCAGCUGUAAUCGAAUCGAUUCAUCGAAAUAAUUUUCAUCCAGGUCUGAAUACUACUUAUUAUCUGAUAUUACAACAAUUUUGGAUACUUGCAGCGAAACAUACUAUACGACAUCAUCUCUCAAAAUGUUUGAGAUGUUACCGUCUGAAUCCCAAACCUCUGCAACCAUUUAUGAGCGAUCUUCCGGCUUUUCGGGUCAACCAAGCCAAACCUUUCUCAGUGGUCGGUGUAGAUCUGGGAGGGCCUUUUCGAAUCAAGCUUGGACCUCAUCGUGGUGCAAAAAUCGAUAAGGCAUACUUAUGCUUAUUCGUAUGCUUGAGCACAAAAGCGGUGCAUCUUGAGGUAGUUUCCACCCUAUCGACCGACAGCUUCAUCGCGGCAUUACGUCGCUUCAUUUCUCGUCGCGGUCGCUGCAAUGUUAUUCAUUCUGAUUGUGGAACCAACUUUGUUGGUGCAAGUUCACAACUAGCAUCAUGUAUCGAACAAGCUUCGCAUGCGGAAAAAAUUGCCUUUAAACGUAACGUUCCUUCAGCUCCUCACUUCGGAGGUGUGUGGGAGAUCCAAAUUAAGGUAGCAAAAACACACUUGUAUCGUAUUGUUGGCGAUCAAGUCCUAACAUUUGAAGAGCUUACCACCCUCUUCACUCAGAUCGAAUCCAUUUUAAAUUCGAGACCUUUAUGUCCAUUGAGCUCGGAUCCAAACGACUUUAAUGUUUUAACGCCUGGUCAUUUUUUAACGCUGGAACCUCUUACAGCUGUACCAGAUUACGACUAUACCAAUAUCAAAAUCCAGCGACUCAAUCGAUGGCAACUUAUUCAAUCUUUUCAACAACAAUUUUGGAAGCGUUGGAAAAGUGAAUAUUUACAUUCAUUAACUCAACGAGCAAAAUGGAACAAAGACUCAACACCGUUAACCGUUAAUUCAAUGGUACUUAUUAAGGAGGAUAACCGACCUCCUCUUCAAUGGGCACUAGGACGAGUUGUUUCGUUGCAUCCUGGCCCUGAUGGAGUAGUUAGGGUGGCAACCGUUAAAACAGCUAAAGAUUCCUCAUUGAAGAGGCCUUUAGUAAAACUAUGUCCUUUGCCGUCCAUGUAAUCAACUCAACUUUCUUAGCUUAAGUUUAUCGUAGUUUUAGUUUAUGUAUCCAUAAUUAUCGUCAUUUUGUUUUAUGUUAGGAAAAUCCUAUUGGUAUUUUGGUGGGCGGAAUGUUCCGUUUUCAACGUUUUAUUUUCAUUAAAUUCAAUUUCGCGCGCCUUAUCGAUGUAUUUGUCAAAUCGCACCAUUUAUAUGGUACUGCAUUCAAUUCUAGCCAAUAGGAACGCGCGGUUCGCCGCCGCGCAUGCGCAAUGCUGCCGGCGCAACAAAACGCCAUAGCGGCGGCAAAGGGAGUUUUUGCUUCGUUACCGGCUCUUAGCGCGAGCGCAUUAAAAAAUAUGUAAUAAUUGUGUUAUCAUAUAAGUGCAUCGCCAGUGCUCCUAUAUUUAAACUGGACUAUUUCUAUCGUUACCGAGUAUUGAAUUACCGUGUGUCAGGCCGGCCGGCAGGUGUUUAAGGACUAUAAUUCCAGUGAACCAUAUUCGUGAGGGAUCUUGGGGUACAGCCGCUGUCUACGUGGUGAAUCAAUGGCGAGAAAUUUAAUGCAUUGUGUCUACUAUUUUAUAGUACUGACUGUUUGUAUUGAUCAGGGCGAUGGACGUUGGAAGAAAAAAGAUGAGGAAAAGUUGCGACACGACAUUGAAGUAUUCAGAAAAAUGGCUGAUGAAAUCGAGCAAGAAAUAGAAUACUUUUACGAUGAAUACCCUGAAGAGGGGCUAAAAAUUGAUAGCAAGAACAGAAUAAACAACAAAUAUGUACAAAACACAUUGAACCGUGAUUUUCUGACAAAGAAUGUGAACAAGCAAGACAAGAUAAUAUUUCAGGGAAAAUACACGAGUUCUGGAGAAAACAAUAAUAUUUCUUUGAAAACCUUGAAUGGUGAUAUCGCUGUAAACAAAACAUCACUUAAUAAGUUCGUAUCAUUUAUAGAUAACAAUAAUAAUAGAUUAGGACCUAAGUGGCCAAAAUUCGAGGAACUUUUAUUAGAAAUGGGAAAGAAGUAUGAUUGGAAAAACGACCGCUGGAUAAAAGUGAAAGAAAAGUUGAUAGUGCAGCCCGAUGUAGUGAAUGUGAUUCGGAAUGAUUUAGAUUUUCAUGAGCGCCAUAAGUUUAGCUAUAGAAUUGUUAAAUUAAAUAGAAAUAAAAGGAGAAAUGUCGUAGUUGCUGUUUCAGCGGUCAGAUAGAUGGAUCGUACAUUUUGUUUGGAAAUGUUAUGAAAUCUAUUUUUGGUAUAUUUUGGGACCAACGGGAAGGAGCCGUUAAAAUAAGUAUUAAGUAAAACUUGUAACAUCAAAAACUUAUAUAUGGAAAUUAUGCUAAAUUUAAAGGUUUGAUGAAUUACUUUUUUACAUUAUUUGAAUUGAGGUUCAAUUUGUCUUGGACGAUUUUUAUUCGUAUAUUUUUUCUUUUUAUAAUUCGGCAACUUUGCAGGUUUUGCUUUCACAGUUUUUCUACAACCCCAAUAUAUUGAAUGGAUUUUAAAAAAGGCAAUCAAAUUUACCAGACUCGAAUAUGUAUAAAUCACAUUAAAUGAAAAUAAAUCGAAUACGUUUCGCUUUUGAUAUUAUACGCUAAUAGAUUUCUGUAACAACAUACCAUACCAUAACCUUUAUCUGAAAAAAGGGAAUUACAUGUAUUUCUGACAAUAUGAUAAUAAA